AUGUCCAUUGAGGUGUUUGACAACUACUUCAAGGAGGGUCGCAAGAUCGUGACCGUGAAGGAUGUUGAGCCUGAGCAGUUCAUCAAGGCUUUCUCCCAGCACUUGAAGCGACAAGGCCGCUUCGAGCUGCCCAAGUGGGCGGAUGUGGUCAAGACCAGCAAGGCCAAGGAGCUGCCACCCUCCGACCCAGACUGGCUGUACGUGCGAACCGCGUCCAUGGUGCGAAAGAUCUACAUUCGCAAGGGCAUGGGCGUUGGUGCCUUCAAGAAGGUGUACGGUGGACAGAAGCGCCGAGGGACCUGCACGAACGUCUACACCAAAGCCUCCGGCAAGAUCGCGCGGUACAUUCUGCAGCAGCUGGAGGAGAUGGGUCUGGUCGAGCAGGACGACCAGGGAGGCAGGAUGAUCACGAAGGAGGGCCAGCGAGAGCUUGACACCGUCGCUGUGCAGGCAGCGGCUGAGGAGGUCUUGUUAAAUGGUUCCGCGGAGCGUACGGUUAGAAUGCAGUGGCUCAGGUUCAUUAUGUCCAUCGAGGUGUUCGACAACUACUUCAAGGAUCAUGAGGGUCGCAAGAUCGUGACCGUGAAGGAUGUUGAGCCGGAGCAGUUCAUCAAGGCUUUCUCCCAGCACUUGAAGCGACAAGGCCGCUUCGAGCUGCCCAAGUGGGCGGAUGUGGUCAAGACCAGCAAGGCCAAGGAGCUGCCACCCUCCGACCCAGACUGGCUGUACGUGCGAACCGCGUCCAUGGUGCGAAAGAUCUACAUUCGCAAGGGCAUGGGCGUUGGUGCCUUCAAGAAGGUGUACGGUGGACAGAAGCGCCGAGGGACCUGCACGAACGUCUACACCAAAGCCUCCGGCAAGAUCGCGCGGUACAUUCUGCAGCAGCUGGAGGAGAUGGGCCUCGUUGAGCAGGACGACCAGGGAGGCAGGAUGAUCACGAAGGAGGGCCAGCGUGAGUUGGACACUGUGGCAGUGCAGGCCGCAGCCGAAGAGGAGGAGGAAGACUGA